AUGAAUAGUUAUAAAUACUUAUUUAUAAUAUUAUUAUUUAAAUUUUUAAUUGUAAUCAUUCAAUGUCAACCAACUAUUGAAUGUCAAGGUGAUUAUCAAUGUGGUGUUCAGCCACAAGCUCUAUGCUACAAGGGUUUGAAUAUAUUGCCUGGAAUCGGUCUUGAUGAAACCAAUCAGAGAGUGGUGAUCGUCGGUAAGUUCAAUGGAAGUUCCAAUGCACCGUCGAACGUCAACAACGUUAUUACUGUGCCGUUUGGAGGUGGUAAACCAUCGAUUCUCUUCCCAAUCACUACGGAUUUGUCUGGCGGACCUGGAUACAGCAUGGUGCUCGGACUGUAUGGAUAUCUACGUCAGACAAACACUCCAUACAUCCACAACAGCCAGAGAGCAGCACCGGUAGUCGGACCGUACCACGGUGGUGACACCUCCAUUCCCAACGUCUGGUAUAUUCGUGGUUACAAUCUCGGUCUCUACUUUGACGAGGUGAACAAGCGAACUUUCUACUGCGACUGGAAUCUGCAUCGCGUUUCCAACAUCCCAAAGACGGUCGAUGAGAAGAACGCCGGCGACACCAUCAUGUUGGACGGAUCCUACCAGAACAAUCGUUGUAACUUCCUCGGUCUAAAAGACACCAAUCUGCUCUACGUAGUGCAAGUCGACUACGCCAACACCGUUGUUACAAACAUCUCCAAGAUUCCCGUCGGUUGUAACAAUUGUUCAUUGUCCGAAUUGAAAUUUGUACUCUCGGUGCCGGUCGAAGCAGGUUCCUUUGUGAUGAGCAACACCCAUUUCUACCUGGGAAUGAAACCUACUUGGUCAUCGAACACCAGCAGUGGAAUCAUGCAGAUUCCAAUCAAUGGCGGUCCAUCAAAGAUGUUGACAAACGAUCCUGUUGUCAGCAUGGCACUGGAUUCCGCCAACACCCGUAUCUUCUACACAACGACCAACAACGAAGUGAAAUCGGUCGGACCGUUGGGUUCAUCGACACCGGCAGUCAGUGUGUUGUACCAGUCGGCAGCGUCACCUCUCAAUCGAUGUGCAUGCGCUCCAGGCUUUACAGGUGACCAAUGUCAAACGUGUUACAACGGUAAAGUACGAUACUUGAGCAACGGCACACCCCAGUGCGUAGCUCUACUCGCAGAUGGUCGUCCUUCGAAUUGCAUCUUUGAUUACGAAUGCGGUAAUGUCCCAAUGGCUUAUUGCGAUGGUAUAUGUGCAUGUAGAACUAAUUUUACCGGUAGUUUUUAUAAUUAA